AUGGGCUCCCGAAUUUUAGAUGAAACAAAUCGAAGCGAAUCCCCAGACAACGAUAGUCAGAAAGCGCGCAACUAUUUCGAAACAUUACCAGAGCCUGGUCCGCCUGAAUUUGCAUUUGUUAGUGGUAUGGGGGAUACCACUUACCGAAGCCAUGCAAUGAAAUCCUACUGGAGGCAUAAGAAGAGCGAACAGCGACGCCAAGAAGACACCGGACAUACCAAACCAGCUUUGCGACCAUUGUUAUCCCGCAAAGUGCGAGCAGAAGACGAUCGCGAUGAUCCAAGUCAGCCUCAAUUUCAACCAACAGAAGACGCUUACUCGUAUCUCCAUGACUCUUCUAUCUCGAUUAAGGAGACAAGAGUACCUGGUAUCCCCCAGCAGAUAUUUUCUGGGAUCACCUUUGCAUUAUCUUCAAGUUUAGAUCAGGGAGCUGAUUUCGGCGGGUUUCAGAUUUCAGCACAUCAUUACCGCUCACCUGCUGUUCUAGGGCUCGGUAUGCAUGCCGAACUCAUACAUUCAGGACUCAAACCGCAGACCUUUUCCCCGUUCAAAGAUAUUUGGAUACCACUCGACCUAUCAAAUUCCGCGUCAUUCAACGGGAUCUUAGCCCAUGCAGCUGCUGACCUCAAUGGCCGGCGAGAAGAUGAGGACAAAUCAGAAAUCUUGAAAUUUAAAACCGAAGCCAUAGGUACUAUCAAUCUAUGGCUUAGCACUUCGACAAAUGCAAUUAAAGAUGAGGUCUUCGCCGGCGUCGUGCGGCUUCUUACCUUUGAGGUACGUUGA